GUGACAUUAGCCAAUUCACCAACGGAGAUAGCGCACGAAAGCAAGAUCAUCAUCAUCAGUAUCAAAUAUGGCCAAAGAAUCAACGUCCUACAAGCCGUCUCCCAACAGUCGCUCCCUGGAAUACGUGUUCGUGGUUAGCCGACAUGGUCAGCGUACACCAGCCAGUCGCUGCACACGCCUACCGGAUACCACUGACCUUGGACAAUUAACUCCGGCCGGCCGCGAGCAGACAGCUGCCCUAGGCCGGUUCCUCAAGGCUCGCUAUGGCUCGCUGCUGAGUGGCCAACCGGGAGAAGUGCUUGCCACGCACAAUAAGUACCAACGGACGCGAGACAGCGUGGUAUCAACAUUAGAGGCUCUAGGAACAGCACCCACAACUCCCGUUCCGGACAACACUCGAUACGACUUGGUGGUCGACAAAUCGAUCGCCGAUAAUUACGAGAAGAUAAUGAACACCCCGUCCACAGGGCACUUCAAGAACCUCCGGGAGGUCGUGGACUUUGUGGCUACUGAGUCUGGAUCACCGGUCGAGCCCAAAAAGGUGAAGCUGCUUUGCCUGGACAGUCUCAUGACCUGCGUGGCUAAUGGGAACCCUAUCCCUGACUGGGCAAAACCUUACUGGGAUGAACUGCUUUCGGCUAGUCACGUUGUCUUCACCAUGUCCCUCAUCGGUGCUGAAAGGCGCAUGGCGACGUGUAUCAUAAAAGUCAUGUUGGAAACCUUGUCCGACAAGUACGACAAAGGUUUGGCCAAGAAGGACAAGAUGCAUUUGUUCUCUAUGUCAGACCUCAACCUGUACUCGAUUGUAAAGCUGCUCAACCCACAGUACGAUCGCAAACCUGAUUUCUGCUUCUCGUUAAUGGUGGAAAUAUUCACCGAAGGCGGUUAUCCCAUGGCAGAGGUCUUCUUCGUCGAAAACUUGGACCCGAAGCCGCUUCGUCUAGAGAAACUACGUAACCCUUGCGUGCUGGCAGAUUUCGUCACAGAAUUGCGCCGGCUGCAGAGGAUCGAUUAGGAGAUCAUCGCUGAUAAUCUUUCCGCGUUCUACAUACAUUAGUGAGUUUUAUUAUAUCGUACGCUGUCGCCUUUGUGCACGCAAGAGACAGCGUUGGUAGUUUGUUCGCACGCGCAAAACAUGAUCAGAGUUUUGCGCGUUGCGCAAAAACCACCACGCUACCUCUUACGUACGCUAAGGCGACAGCGUACAAUAUACUCAACUCACUAUUGCCUGUAUUUGCUUUACGCAGCCUCGCUGUCUGAAAGGAACGCCUAGUAGAAAUUAAGAAUGCCCGCUAUCUCAGCACAUGCGCUGUUGGAUGCCGCCAUGCUUACGAUGAAACAGAAUGCCAUUAAAUUGAUAUCC